UUGACGUUCGGAUUUUUGUUCAUUUUAACUAGCUUUGCACUUUUCGUUGUUUCCUUCGUCACUGCUGAAUCAUUUUUUGCUGGAUUGGCUUCAAAUCUUGUUGCUCAUUUCAAGUGCAUACAAAAACGAUUCAUGGAUCAAAGUUUAGUUGAAAAAGAUGGCUUAUUGACAGAUCUUAUAGAAUACCACAAACUGAUACUGGAUCUGUCUAAUAGGUUGAUUAUCGCAUUCAGAAGGAUUAUAUUUGUGGAUCUCCUAGUUGCUUCAAUUCUUCUGUGUGUAUUGUGCUUUCAAUUAGUCAUGUUUUCUGGAUCUUCAGUAAUAAUUUACUUUGCUUAUGUGUUUUAUAUUAUCGCGAUCCUGACACAAGUGAGCUUUUUCUCUUACUUCGGAUCGAUCAUGUCAUAUGAGAGCGAGUUGGUGUGCGAAGCAAUAUACUGUAGUAAUUGGUACGAGGUAUCUCCAAAAAUUCGAAAAAUGUUGCUAUUAUGUAUGAUGAGAGCACAGUUGCCAGUUAACAUAAAUGCGGGAUUCAUGCAAGCAUCUCUGCCAACACUACGAGCGGUGAGUUUCAAUUCUUGAAGAUUUGGGCACUUUGAUGAACUUAAGUACAGUACAGUAAUUUAAAGUUUUGUUCGAUCUCUUACGAUACAGAUAUUAAACUCUGCAGGGUCUUACCUAACUUUGUUAUUGUCAUUCGCCUAGAAGAUUUAGAUUCUGAUCAGCUUGGAUGUGUAGGUCAAAAGAUAUUUUCUGCAUCUGUACGACAUUGGAUUCCAAUGAUGGAAUAACUGCUGGAAUGAAACAAUCGAUUGAAAUAAACUUUUAAAUCAAAAAUCUGUUUGGAGUUGUUCAAUAAUUACACAGGUUGAGAUGGAGUAAACUAAAAUAAAACGUAAUCUUGUAUAAUCAGAGGACAAAAGGUGUAUCUGAAAUAAUUGAAUUCCAAAUGCCAAGUAAUGCAAAUUGUUCGUAUUUGACCAACUUGUUUGUUUUGAGAGGUAAAACAAAGUCAAAGUCUUGGCAUUACAUUCCUUUUGUGGAAUUUGGCCUUUCUGUUUCAACAGACUUCGCAGCCGAUUUAUAGCGUACAGGAUCAUUGCAUGGCAAGUACUACGAUCCUACUGACACUACGAAUCCUUCCAGGUCGGGACUCAAACAUACGAUCACUGGCUUGUAUGACCAGCGUCC